GUGUAGGUAAAGCACAGUUUGUAGCUUAUGAGCGGUAGGGAGGAACAACAACCGGACGACCGUGUUCUGCGAUCAUCAGCCCGUAGACUCCCUCUGGUCUUUCGAGCGUUAGGAUUAGAGGGAGACCGUGGCCUGUUCAGAGAGGCUAGGGAGAGGCGACGCCAGCAGCAGCGAGAAAGGGACGCAGAGGCUAGUAGAGCCCUUUCAGCUGAGGCAGCAGCUUCAGCGGCCGCAAUGGCCACCGCUUCGCAGCAGGGCACGGCGCAGCAAACUUCUCAAGUCAGGAGUUCAGGUUCGGUAGGCUCCACGAUGUCGCAAACCCAGAGUCAGUCUGCUGGCCCCAUGGCAAGCCAGCAAGUGUUGCUGUCACCCGAGGAUAUUGCCAUCCAGCAGGCAGCCCUGCAGGAGGCACAACUACAGAAGGCCUUGGCAGAUAUAAAAGCGGAGAAAGAUAGAAUGGUUAGAAGCAGAGCCAGGUUGCAGAGACGUCAAGCGGACAUUCAGGUGUUAGAUGAGAUGGAAAUUACCAAUGUGGAUGCUGAUGUGAGGUUAGUCCGUAGUGCUGUGCUCGGUAUAGCGGAGAUGCAGGACCAACAAACUGCCGUCCUCCAAGACAUUCAGCAGACGCUGGCCACGCUGGUACAGCGUUUGCAGGUAGUUCCAUUCCCUGCCGGGCCUGGUGCCUGGCUCGUGGCACAUCCAUCUCCACCUGUCCCACCGGUGACUGGGGUAUCCCCAUAUGUAGCCCCGUCUACGGUAGCCAUAGUCUCCCUGGGCAUGCCGCUUUCAGGAGGAUUAGCAGCGGGACCUAGUCAACAGGUUCCUGUACAGGCAGUGUUCUCCCAACCACCGCCGCAGGUUGCCAUCAGUGGGCAAUCUGCUGUCCCGCAAGCUGGUCAACCGCAGGUCACACAGGCCCAGCCGGUUGUGAGUCAGCCACCUGUGUCCCAAGGUCCACAGCCUGGUGUGGGACAGGUACCGGGACAAGGUCAGUGGGUACCAAAGACGGCCAUCGCGGCUCCAAAGCCCUUCUCAGGUGAUAAGAAGGGUGAGGACCUCAACAUUUGGUUGAAGAUGGUCCCUGUCUAUGUCCGCUGUAAGAUGACUCAGCCUCACGAGGAGGUGUUAGUCGCUGCGUCCUAUUUAGAGGGGACAACAGCUAAAUGGUUGAGUGGGCAAGUGCAGUUAGAGGGCUAUGGUCAUGACCUCCGCGCCUGGGCAGCCACCAAGAAAUUGGAGGACUUGCUCAAGUUAGUAGAGGAAAGGUGGCAUGACCCACAAGAGGCCCAAAGGGCCAUGGAUGGGAUACUGACCCUGACUUCUGGAAAGUUCAGGUCAGUAAGAGAUGCGACCGAAGCCGUUGAGCGGCUGAUCUGCGUCCCUGGCGUGCGCUACGAUCCCCAAGUCUUGCUUGUCACAUAUCUGAGGUGUCUCCCUACGGAGAUAAGGACUCAGUUGGCGAGUGAGGCGAUGAUCACCAUGCACACCUUUGCCUCAUUUAGUAAGAAGGCUUUGGAUCUGGAGGCAAAGAUAGGACACGGACAUACCCCACCGACGGAUGGUAGGAAGAAGACACUGCCUUCUGACUGGAAGGCGAAAGGUCGCAUUAUGUUCGUCGACAACGAUGGUUCAACCAUCGAAUUGGACGUCGAACCCCAGUCAGAAGUAGGUGCAGAGGCUGGCAGCGAUGCUUCAGGGGGUGGAGUAGUCGCGUCUUUGCAACAGCAAAAAGAGAUAGAGGGAGUAGUUGCAAAAUACCCUGAUCUAUUUGAAGAGCCGAAAGGGGUUGUUGAGAGGGAGGUCGUCCACGCUGUAGAGAUUAUCCUAGGGUCUAGCAUCCCGAAGGGUAGGAUCUAUAGGAUGUCUCCAGGCGAGCUUGAUGAGCUUCGUCGACAACUCAAGGAACUCGUAGAGAAGGGGUGGAUCCGGCCGAGUGUCUCUCUGUAUGGUUCUCCAGUCUUAUUUGUACCGAAGAAGGGAGGCACUCUUAGGAUGUGCAUUGACUAUAGGGGCCUCAAUGCCAUCACUUUAAAGAAUCGAGAGCCCCUACCGCGCAUCGAUGACUUGUUGGACCGAGUGCAAGGGUGUCGGUACUUCAGUAAGAUAGAUCUGAAGUCCGGGUACCAUCAGAUUGCAAUUCGCCCCGAGGAUCAGCACAAAACCGCUUUUCAGACCAGGUACGGCCUGUACGAGUUUGUGGUGAUGCCUUUUGACCUUUGCAAUGCUCCUGGCACCUUUCAGCACACGAUGAACAGGAUCUUUCAUGACUACUUGGACAAGUUUGUCAUCGUGUACCUCGAUGACAUAUUUAUCUUUAGUAGAACUGUCGAGGAGCACGUAGCACACUUAGACAAAGUCUUAAGUCUCCUUCGGCAGCACAAGUUCAAGAUCAACGGUGAGAAGUGCGAGUUCGACCGCACCCGUAUCUUGUACUUGGGUCAUGAGAUUUCCGCUGAGGGGUUGAAGCCCGAUGACGCGAAGGUGGCCAGCAUUCGUGAUUGGCCGCGUCCUCAGUCUGUGACUGAGAUGAGAUCAUUCUUAGGGAUGACCGGCUACUAUAGGACUUUCAUUAAGAACUACAUCAUAGUGGCCGCCCAUUUGACUGAUCUGACCCGCCUUGACACCCCAUGGGAGUGGACAGAUGAGUGCAAGGCUGCUUUCAGACAUUUGAAGCACGCACCGACGCACUAUGAAGUCUUGAAGCUACCCGAUCCUGACAAGCCAUUCAUAGUGACCACGGAUGCUAGCCAAUAUGGCAUUGGCGCCGUGCUUGUGCAGCAGGAGGGGCCAAAGUUGAGGCCGGUAGAGUACUUGUCCAAGAAAAUGUCGUCUCAGAAGUUGGCAAAGUCCACCUACGAGAAGGACCUCUAUGCGGUGUACAAGGCUCUGACCCAUUGGAGACACUAUCUCCUUGGGAGGUUCUUCAUCCUUCGGACUGAUCAUCAGACCUUGAGAUGGAUGAGAACUCAGCCGGUACUCUCUGACGCGUUGGAGCGUUGGAUUGAGGUCAUUGAGCAGUAUGACUUCGAGCCCCAGUACAUCAAGGGCGAGUACAACAAGGUUUCUGAUGCCUUGUCGCGUAGACCUGAUUUCUCAGGUGUGCUGAUUACUGAGUUCGAUCUGACGGACGAUGUUACUCGAUCUUUGGUGGAAGCCUAUCGCGAGGACCAGUUCAUGUCUGAGAUCAUUCGCAGACUUGAGGCGAAGGAUAAACAGACUUCAACUGAGUUUGAGUUGGUCAAUGGCUUGCUGUUUCUCGAGAAGGCAGGGAAUAAACGGUUGUGUGUCCCUAAUAGAGAGUCAUUGCGUAGUUUGUUUUUAGGUGAGUGUCAUGAUGCCACCGGUCAUUUGGGGUAUAAGAAGACAUCAGCAAACUUGCUGCAGCGGUUCUGGUGGCCCACGAUGUUGAAAGAUGCCAAGCUGUACGUGGAGACUUGUCAAGUUUGCCAACGAGACAAGCCCCGUACUCAUGCACCUCUUGGGCUACUCAAGCCCCUUCCAAUUCCUGAAAGGCCUGGUGAAAGCUUGUCCAUGGACUUCAUGGAUACGCUGGUCACCAGCAAGAGUGGGAUGAGGCAGAUCUUUGUCACCAUGGAUAGGUUUAGUAAGUAUGCUAGAUUGAUAUCCAUGCUAGAUUGAUAUCCAUGCCGGAAACAGCAAAGACCGAGUACGUAAUCAGGUUGUUUAAGGAGAACUGGGUUAGAGAUUUCGGGCUGCCAAAGUCGAUUGUGAGUGACAGGGAUGUCAGAUUCACAACAUUAUUAUACAGGCUGGCGACGAGAGGAAGUUUCCCGUCCCAGUCGUCCUGACUUGGCUUUAUGUAGUGUCUUAACAAAUGCUGCACUACUCU